UAGAAGCCUACUUCCGCCAUCAGCAGCGGAUACCGGAAGUGUCUUGGCGACAUCUUGCUACCAAAUAAGCCAUGACUUGAAAGCUCUUGUUGUUUCUUUAACCGAAUAAAUUAAACACACUCAGUAUGCUGACUAAGACGCAGAAGCGGCUCUGGAAGUAUGUCGAGGAGGGCAACUUCUCCAAACUCAAAUCACACCUGCGGAAGCAUCAAGAUUUGGUCGUGAACUUCUCCCAGGGCAAGAGGCGGAGGAGCCCGCUGCAUCUCGCCUGUCACCUGGGCGACGACGCCGCAGUUCGGCUUCUGCUCAAGCAUGGAGCCGAUGUGCUGCGGGCCAACAGGAAAGGAGACACGGCGCUACACGUCGCCGUAAAUAGAGCUCUUGCACGCGGAAGAACAGCUUAUGACGACCUGGUGGUACCUCUCAGAAAGAGUUGCCCAGAGGCCAUGAACGCCUCAAACAUGGCUGGCGUGACACCACAAGAACUCCUGAAUGGUUUCAAACACUCCGAGUUUCAGCCUUCUAGACCGGGCCCAAGUGUCCGACCUCACGGUGAUAUGGAGAAAGACUGGAUGGAGAAGCUGUUUGGUGAAUGUGAGGACGAGUUCUACGAAACCUUUGGAGUUUAUGACGCAGAUGAUUGGAUGACUGUCGAUGACGACGAGGAAGACUACGGCGACUGGGCCGAACGCAUCAGAAGAGAAUAUUUUUCGAAGAAGCAUGCUGAAGCUCAGAGAUUGGCCUCCUCGUCAUUUAGCGGAAAGAAGAAGAGGGAGAAGAGUAAGCGAGAAGAAGAGGAGCAGAGCUACAAGGAGUUGCACGCCAGGCUGCAAAAGGAACACGAGGAGUAUUUGUCUCGCGCCGCCCGCAAAGAGGAAGAGACUCGGCAAAGCAAGAAACGCCACUACGAGCAAAUGUGCUCGGAUACAUUCCACAGCGAAGGCGGCGCCAAGCUCCUGACCUACGACGACAUCCCCUGGCCGACGCCGCGCGGCACCGUUGAGGAGAUGGUGGACAUCAUGCUGCACGGCGUGGAUCGUAAGGACGCGGUGGCCUUCCGGAAGGCCCUGCGCAAGCAGCAGACGCUGUGGCACCCCGACAAAUUCGCACAGAGGUGCGAAGCUCGGCUGGACGGAAAGGACAAGAAGCGCAUCAUUGACACGGUGACCGCUCUGUCGCAACAACUCAACAAACUGUCUCAGAGCCUGAAGUCCUGACAAAAUUGUCUUCUAUUCAGGAGUUGAAGUGGGUGUUCAAUCCUAGCUCCUGCAGAAUUAUUAUUAUUAGAAGUAAUCUUCUUUUAUAUUUACUUCUUAACUUCAAAUGUUUCUGCCAUUAAAGCUUGAAUAAUGAACGUUGGUGGUGCCAAUAUAAAAUAAUAUAUAUACUUUAGGGCUUUGA